UCUGCGUCCUGGGCUAAAGGCCCCCGUUGGGCCGGGAGGACUGAGGAACACUGAAGCAGCUGGGGCGCAACUGGGGCUCGAACCUGGGUCUCGGGCCGACGGGGGCUGCCAGGGACUCGGGGUCGCCCGGGGUCGUCAUGGCAACAGGCGUCCGCCACCUAGUUCCUUCCCGCCCGCCCCGCCUCCUUUCGGGGGCCUAGUGGCCGCAGGCUUGUGGUGCGACGGGUUCCAGGAAGGAAGGACAGGCCAGGCCGGAGUGCGGCUUUGGGGUCAGGAGAAGAGUCGGGGAGGAGCUAUGACUUUUCAGGUUUGGGGAUGGCGUAGGGAAGACAUGUCUCGGGCUCUGGCCUGGGCGCCUGACGCCGAGGACGGAGAGGGGGAGCAGUUUCCGUGCACGAUCCUGGCUGCAAAAGACCCCACAGCUGUAGAGAGAGCAAACUUGUUAAAUAUGGCUAAACUGAGUAUCAAAGGACUCAUUGAAUCUGCUCUAAGUUUUGGACGCACUUUGGAUUCAGACUAUCCCCCCUUGCAGCAGUUCUUUGUUGUUAUGGAACAUUGUCUGAAACACGGUCUUAAAGUAAGAAAAUCAUUUUUGAGUUAUAACAAAACCAUUUGGGGCCCUUUGGAACUGGUGGAGAAGCUGUACCCAGAAGCAGAGGAAAUAGGAGCCAGUGUCCGGGAUUUACCCGGUCUUAAGACUCCCCUGGGUCGUGCAAGAGCAUGGCUUAGAUUAGCCCUUAUGCAAAAAAAAAUGGCUGAUUACCUGCGUUGCUUAAUUAUCCAAAGGGAUCUCUUGAGUGAAUUCUAUGAGUGUCAUGCACUAAUGAUGGAAGAAGAAGGAGCAGUAAUUGUUGGGCUGCUGGUUGGGCUGAAUGUGAUAGAUGCUAAUCUGUGUGUAAAGGGAGAGGAUUUAGACUCACAAGUUGGAGUGAUUGAUUUUUCCAUGUAUUUAAAGAAUGAAGAAGAUAUUGGAAAUAAAGAAAGGAAUGUUCAGAUUGCUGCCAUCUUAGAUCAGAAGAAUUACGUUGAAGAGUUAAAUAGACAACUGAACAGCACAGUCAGCAGCCUCCAUUCAAGAGUUGAUUCAUUAGAAAAGUCAAAUACUAAGCUGAUUGAAGAGUUAGCAAUUGCAAAGAAUAAUAUCAUUAAACUCCAAGAAGAAAAUCAUCAACUACGAAAUGAAAAUAAAUUGAUUUUAAUGAAAACACAGCAGCACCUAGAGGUUACCAAAGUGGAUGUGGAAACUGAACUUCAAACAUAUAAGCAAUCUCGGCAGGGACUGGAUGAAAUGUACAAUGAAGCCAGAAGGCAGCUUCGAGAUGAAUCUCAGUUACGACAGGAUGUGGAGAAUGAGCUAGCAGUACAAGUUAGUAUGAAACAUGAAAUUGAACUUGCCAUGAAAUUGUUGGAGAAAGAUAUCCACGAGAAACAAGAUACUCUAAUAGGCCUUCGACAACAAUUAGAGGAAGUUAAAGCGAUUAACAUAGAGAUGUAUCAAAAAAUGCAGGGUUCUGAAGAUUGCUUAAAAGAAAAAAAUGAAAUAAUUGCCCAACUAGAAGAAAAAACCAAUAAAAUUACUGCAGCUAUGAAGCAGCUGGAACAAAGAUUGCAGCAAGCAGAGAAGGCGCAGAUGGAAGCUGAAGAUGAGGACGAGAAAUAUCUACAAGAAUGUUUGAAUAAAUCUGACGGUCUGCAGAAACAGAUCUCUCAAAAGGAGAAACAGCUGUUGCAACUGGAAACUGAUUUGAAGAUUGAAAAGGAAUGGAGGCAGACUUUGCAGGAAGAUCUUCAAAAGGAAAAAGAUGUCUUAUCUCAUCUUAGAAAUGAGACCCAACAAAUCACUAGUCUUAAAAAAGAGUUCCUUAACAUACAGGAUGAAAAUCAACAGUUGAAAAGAAAAUACCGUGAUCAAGAACAAGCCCUUCAAGAACUUGGCAACAAGCUUAGCGAAUCAAAACUUAAAAUAGAAGAUAUAAAAGAAGCCAACAAAGCAUUACAGGGACUAGUUUGGUUGAAAGACAAGGAAGCAACACAUUGCAAACUUUGUGAAAAGGAAUUUUCACUCUCUAAAAGAAAGGUAAGGAAGAUAGGAAAUGACUCCAAGAGUUUUAGUGCAAGACAGGCUUCUAAUUUUAUUCAUAUUUUUUCUUUGAUUUUUUUCCCCAUUUUAUUAAGCACCACUGUAGAAACUGUGGGGAAAUUUUCUGUAAUGCCUGCUCUGACAACGAACUGCCUUUGCCUUCUUCACCAAAGCCAGUACGAGUCUGUGAUUCCUGUCAUGCAUUGCUGAUUCAAAGAUGCUCAUCUAACUUGCCCUAAGACUCCAGAACUAAAUCCUUAUGUAUGAAGUAUGUAUGAUGAAUGUUAAGCCUGAGCGUGUAUACAAGGUAUCCAGACAGCCCUUCUUAAUUAAGCAGCUAUGUCACUAUUGGUACCAGUUUAUCUUCCAGAUAUUCAAACUCAUGGGAAUUAUAAUUGUAUAAUUUGAUAUUUCCUUUCCUGUCAUUCAAAAAAAUCUCAUCAGGGCAUGCUUUCAGAGAAAAUAACUUUAGCCUAAUUCAUAAUGGAUGUGAUAAUCAUGUAACCCUUCAAUCUAUUAAAAGGCCAGAUAGCAUAGCUAAUACAGAUUUGCCUUAUCUUGUAAAGGCCUUCUUAAAAAUAAGGCUUCAGAUUGUUUUAUUCUUCCAGACUGUCAAGUUGAUAUUUGAUGGUGCCUCUAAUUUUCUUAAUGCACUUUAAAGCUUCAUGGUCCUCCAAGGAUUGGAAAUGUAUAAAAUGUUUUAGAAGUUAUUAAUAUUCCACCUCAAGUUUUUGUUAGCUUGAUAAGAUUUCAGCUUAACUAUAUUUGUCCUUUCUCCUUCCUUUCCCCCUUUUGCAUUAGAAAAGGCCAAUAUUUUACUCUUAUAUUUCCUUUUGGUCUUUUCCUCCCUCUAGAAUUACUGUUGUGCUGGCUGAUACCUUUCAGAUACAGAAGGUUAAAGGGGCAUUCAUAUUUGGCCUCAAUUUUUUCCUUCUAAUCUUUAAAGGAAAGACAUAGCCAUCAUUCUUUUACCUUAUGUUACUGCAGACGUUUCAUGUUACCUGCCUUACUAAAAGAUAAUUCUCUUUAGAAGUAGGGGCCUCAGACACCAUUUGAGAAAGAUUGAAAGCAUAAGCCUCUCCCUAGACAUGUGUGUAGUAUUAGGACAUUGUAGCCUCCCAAUAAAUUCUCUAACCAUUGAAGUGAAGAGAAAUCUAAAAUGCAGUUAAACUUUUGCCUUUGAUGUCACAGACUUGAUUAGUUCAAUAUAUUUUGUAUUAACUUUCUUUCCAUUCCAGUAACCUCUAGCAAGCAUUGCAUUGUAGUAGACCAUCACCACAAUCUAUGUCCACAGUAAAACCUCAACAGGAAUACUGAGCAACUAUGUGAGCAACUUGAGCAACUCAAGAUGUGAUCUCUGCCCUACCGUGAAAUGCUUACUUGAACUAUUUCAAACAUGUAAGAUUCAAUAAACACUAACCUAGUUACACUACUUACAGCACACCAAGAAUUUAUCUGUAAAAAUAGUUAACCCUGUAUAAUCACUUGUAGAAACCCUACUUUACCAAUUUAUUUUUUGAUUUUUUUAAUUAACCUUGCUUUUCAGCCAUGUACUUUAAGCCUGGGAGCCUUUCAGAAAUGUUUUAUACGAAUCUUAGUUUACUCCUGGUAGCAUAACCUUUAGUAGUCAGUCAUGGACUCCCUCCUACUCCUAAGAUGGGAUCACUUGUAUUCUGUAGGAUCUUCUCAAGAAUACCUACUUUCAUUUAGGUUUAAAAUCAUUUAAUGUAAUUUUCUAAAUUUCCAAAGUAUGAAACGAUUAUUUUACUUGAAGAUCUGUUUUCCUAUAAUCCACAAAUUCCCUGUCUUUUGAGUUCUUCAUUUAGAAUUGAAAUACAGUUUUUAGGUGGUCUUUUCUUGAAUGCUGAUAGAAGACAUGAACUAUAUUUUUCAGUUGUUCUUGUAUUGAUGGAUUUUUAUGAUUGGCAAAAUUGAUAAGCCUGAGAAUCUUCAGUGUUUUUAUUACUGUGCUUUGCACAAAUUAAAAAAUGUGACUCACCAAUUAAGUUGCUUUAAUUCACUACCUUUUAAAUUCUUUGCCAUUCAAAUCAACUACGACUUUUUUUGGGGUGGGUGCUGCGACAGGUUUUACAACAGCAAUUCAAGUGUGUUAUGUUUAGUUUUGGCUCUUUAAAAUCUAAUUUUGUAUUUUUCUGUUACAACUUUCACAACUUGUAUUUUGUGAUUGUGAACCUAACACUACUUUUACUUUUCAAGAUUUGCUGUCACAGAAAGGAAAUAUUUUAUCUUAUUAGAUUUCACAUACCAUUCCCUCACCUAGCCAGUACUACCACAGUAAUGCUAUCAUGUGCCAAGGAAUUGCAACUGUAACUUGUUACCCUCCAAUGUUUUUAAAAAUAUGAAUUUUAUAAACCAAAUAAAAAUUUGCAAAAUUAACCUGCUCUAAAAUUGGAGAACAAUGUUCAUUUGUAACAUUUUAUACAUUUUUAAUGCUUAAAAGCUUAAGGGUGUAAUCUUGGAGAAUAAAAAGGAUAUGAUCUUUUUAAGGAAGUGGUUAUGAGCAUUAAGAUGAGUAACUGCUUGAGUUGACUACAGGUGAUUACUGUAAGUUCCAAGUCUUUCAUGACUACCUUCCAACAACAGUAAUGCCCUUAGGAGUCACUUUAGGCUAAACAGAAUCUUUGAUUAGAAACCACAUGUAGUACACCUUCCACCAAUUUGAUUUUUAAUCCGUAACCAAACAGGAAGCAUGCUAGGACAGACACCAUACUAUUAUCUCCCACAUCAACAUUUAUUACGUUAACAUUACUAGCAAAAACAAAUUAACAAGUUCAAUAACUGAAUUCACAUUGACAGGUUUCAUUUUGAUCCAUUAGCCAAUUUGGAAAAAAGCCAUAUUGAUCAAAGGGAUUAAAAAUAAAAAGCACCUUUUCCUUGCUACAUAUAGUAUUUUUAACACAGUGGCUCCAAAAUUCCAAGCAGAUGUCAGAUGCAAAAAUCUUAACUGCAGGACUCUUUAAGACCAUGAAAUGGACGUGUCUCGCACAUUGUUUUUUGUCAUUGAUAGUUAUUUUGAAAUCAUAUGCUUUAAACUAUUGAGCAGGAAACUGAAAGUAACAUCUGUGAGAAGUAUACUCCACAGUAAACACCUCUGUACUUACACUAAAGUCUCAUGUUACUGGGAACCUUCACCUACAUUUUGAGGAGUUUCAACUAUCACUUUUUGGAAAAAAAUUUUUUGGUACUUCGAUCAGGUGCUGAGGGGAAUUUAUUCUAACCAACACCCCAUUCCCCAGGUAUCACAAGUAUGAUGAAUGUUCAAAAGUCCUGAUACAUUUUAGAUCAUCAACAUUUCAGAGCUGUGCCUGAUAAUAUGACACUUAAAGAAUGACUAAUACAGAAUAGCUGGAUUUAUAUUUCUGAAGCCAACUAAAUUCAUCUUUAAACUUUAUAUUUACAGUAUUGUCCAAUAAAAAUUAAAGGAGAAAGUUACACUAAUUAUUUUUCAAGCUCUAUUCCAGAUGUCUGUGUAAAGACUUGCAAUUUAUGCAGAAGUGUAUCACUACUGUCCUCUAAAAUUAGACUUACACUACUUCUUAUAGAGCUAAUAGUAAAAUACAUCAACCCAAAUCUUAUGAAGGCAGCACAUCCUUAGAACUGGUAUAUAAAAAGUAUCAACAUCAGUGGUUUGAAUAUAAAAAUUUAUUUUUAAGUCAAAGUAUGCAACAAAUAAAACCUACAGAAAACAUAUUUUCCCAUCACAAUCUGUUGCUUUACCAAAUAAUAUUUUGAAAACACAUUCCUUCAGUCAUUAUAAAGUUCUUAAAAUACAAAAGAAAUUAAAUCUGUAAGAAAGUCUAGUAGACCAGAUGCUGUUGUCAGGACUUGUAUGUUGGUGGUUAUAUUUUAGUACAUCCCACGCCAUCCACCUCCGCUCAUGCCGCCUUGCCCAUAGUAUCCUCCGCUGCCUCCACCACCACGGCCUUUAAAAAGAAAAGACAUUAAGAAUUGUUCAGCAGGAGGUAUCAGUAACAGUAUUGCAAAUAAUGUUUGUACUUAUAAUAACACAAUUUGCACCACCAGAGUGACCUGAGGUACUUACCAUAACCACCCAAUCCGUCGGGAGUACCAUAUCCUCCACUGUAACUGUUCCCCAUUCCCAUUCUUCCGACAGAUCCAUAACCUCCCUGGUUAUCUUUAAAAAUAAAAUAAAAAGUUUAAGAUUGAC